UCUCAAGUAGAGUUUUGGGUUUUCCACCUGGUUAGCUUCAAUCCGCCAUUGAAUUCUGGAAUCUAGAAUCUGGAUGGAUGAAGCUGAAGAUGAAUUAGGUUUUGCUUUACAUUCAAGUCGAUUGGAUUUACGGUAAUCUCUGGUUAUGAAUUUGGGUUUCAGAAUGGUUUAAUUUCUGAAACAUCAAUUGGCUUUGAUGUUUGAGAUGGUAAGGUCAAUUUUAGAUUCGUGAGUUUCGGUGUUUGGUUAUUUGGUUGCUCGAGGAGGCCAGGACUUGAAUUUGCGUUCUGGUUGUAUUUUUCUCUGGGUUUGGGGAUUAUCCGUUUGUGUUUGCUGAGAUCAGAUAAUUUGAGGUUUCUGAUUCUCUAAUUUGAGGGUUCAUAGGUGAAGAGAUCAUCUGAUUUCACCUUCCGCGACUCGGAAUUUUUUUUGUUAGGGAUUUGGAUUCUCUGUGGCACUGGGAUUUUGAAUAGGAACAUCAAUCAUGGAUGGUAACAAGGAUGAAGCAGCGAGAUGCAUCGGAAUCGCUGAAGCUGCUAUUGCUUCCGGCGAUAAGCAGCGUGCUCUGAAAUUCAUCAGGAUUGCUCAACGCCUUAUCCAAGAUGUGCAGGUUGAUGUUCUUCUUGCUGCUUGUGAAAACUUAGAAUCUAUGAAAUCCACCUCUUCCACUGAGCAAAGGCCCUUAGGUCAAAAUCAGAAAGAGCCUACUCCAUCUAAAUCUCCCGAGUUGUCAAAUGGAAUGGGGAAUUAUACCGAAGAGCACGUUAAGCUGAUCCGUGAAGUGAAGAAAAACAAGGAUUACUAUGCAAUUCUUGGGGUGGAGAGGACUUGUUCGGUUGAGGAGAUUAGGAAAGCUUACAGGAAAUUAUCUCUCAAGGUUCAUCCUGACAAGAACAAGGCUCCAGGUUCUGAAGAGGCAUUUAAGAAAGUUUGCAAGGCUUUCAAGUGCUUGAGUGAUGAAGAUUCAAGGAAGCAGUACGAUCAAACAGGUCUUGUUGAAGAAUUCGAAUACAAUCAGCAACACAAUGUCAGGAGGAGGAGGAGGAGAACUGCACAUGGCUACUUUGAUGAGGAUUUCGACCCCGAUGAAAUAUUCAGGUCGUUCUUUGGCCAGGCAGACAUGUUUCGGACUGCCCAUGUUUAUAGGACUAGAGGAACGGCUAGUCCACAAAGGGAAAAUAGUAAUGGAGGAGGGCCUAAUCUUUUUCUUCUUCUUCAAAUCUUACCAUUCCUGGUGAUCUUCUUGCUAGCUUAUCUUCCUUUCUCAGAGCCUAAUUAUUCUUUGCAGAAGACUUAUUCUUACUAUAUUCCCAAGGUCACUGAGAAACAUGGGGUAGAAUUUUAUGUUAAAUCUUCUGAUUUUGAUCAACAAUUCCCACUUGGAAGUACUUCUCGUGCUGACCUUGAGGAUCUCGUGGUGAGGGAUUACAAGAUGACACUGGGUCGCUAUUGUCAUGUGGAACUUCAACGGCGGCAGUGGAAUAGGAAUUAUCCAACACCUCACUGUGAUAGGCUACGAAGCUUUGGAACGGCGUGAAGGAUUACAGUGAGAAUAUUGGACCUUUUCGCUAUGACAUGACAAAGCGUCUAUACUCAACUGGACUCUGAUAGCGAGGAUAACAGUGUCCAGUUGUUUGAGAUUGAGGCAUUGGCCAUCAUGUUCCCAACUGACUUGCAUUCAUGGCCAAUGGUGCAAGGGUCAUCUUAGAUAAGAGGGGAAAGAAAGCUCAGGAUGUCCACAUCAUAUGGCACUUGUGUAUGCUUGGAUAUGGAAACACUGCCUCUUAGCCUAGUACUUGGAAUGUAACCUGAUGUUAGCACAUUUUAUGGAAAUGAAAAUUAAUCUAGUAGUGGAACUGGAAUUUUGUAGAGCUUAUUUUACAUUGAGAUUAUCCAUUUGUUGAUGCCUGUGUACUAUUGCGAAUACUAGAGUCUUCUAGAAGUGCAUUUCUAGGAAAUAUGGAUAGCAAAUUUGGCAA